AUGCACACAUACCCAGUGUUGAUUUCUGCAGCCGCCAUGAGCAACAUGACUGUGCUUGACACUGCUGAUCCCUAUGACCUUGACAUGACCUCCUCUGAGGCCAUUUACCCCAUCAGCUUCCAGGUUUCUCUGACAGGCUUCCUGCUUUUGGAGAUAGUUCUGGGCCUGAGCUCCAACCUCACAGUGCUGGUUCUCUAUUGUAUGAAACAGAACCUCAUCAGCUCUGUCUCCAACAUCAUCACCAUGAACCUGCAUGUGGUGGAUGUGUUGGUGUGUGUCUGCUGCAUCCCACUGACAGCCGUGGUGGUGCUACUUCCUUUGGAGGCAGACACAGCCAUGGUCUGCUGUUUCCAUGAGGCCUGCGUCUCCUUUGCAAGCGUAGCUACUGCUUCUAACGUCCUGGCCAUCACUGUGGACCGUUACGACAUCUCCGUGCGGCCAGCAAACCGUGUGCUUACUAUGGGUCGAGCUGUGGCUCUACUGGGAUCCAUUUGGGCUCUGUCCUUUUUCAGUUUCCUUGUUCCUUUCAUGGAAGUAGGCUUCUUCAUCAGUUCUGGUUCGGACCUUGUGAACCAGACUGUAGUGGUCACAGUGGCUCAUACAAAUGAGUACUACACAGAGCUGGGUUUGUACUAUCACCUGCUAGCACAGAUCCCUAUAUUCUUUUUUACAGCUGUUGUAAUGCUAGUGACUUACUACAAGAUACUUCAAGCGCUGAAUAUUCGCAUUGGAACACGUUUUCAGCACAACCUACCUAAAAAGAAGCAAAAGAGUAAAAACACUAUCUCUCUGAGCACUGCAACACAAGCGGAGUCGACUGAUGCUUCACAGAGCAGCACAGGGGUCAGGGCAGGUGCGAGUGCACCUUUGGGUAUGCGUGCAUCAGUGUCAGUCAUUAUUGCGCUGAGGAGAGCAGUGAAGCGUCAUCGGGAGAGAAGGGAGAGGCAGAAACGAGUCUUCAGGAUGUCUCUUCUCAUCAUAUCCACAUUCUUACUUUGCUGGACUCCAAUAACUGUGCUCAACACCAUCAUCCUCAGCACCGGACCCAGCGAUUUGACUGUUCGCCUCCGCCUGGGCUUCCUGGUGAUGGCUUAUGGAACCACCAUCUUUCAUCCACUCCUCUAUGCGUUCACUCGGCAGAAAUUCCAAAAGGUUUUGAAGAGCAAGAUGAAGAAGAGGGUGGUGUCUGUAGUGGAAGCUGACCCCACACCAAACAAUGUGGUCAUCCAUAAUUCGUGGAUUGACCCCAAGAGAAACAAGAAGGUCACCUUCGAGGACACGGAAGCCAGACAAAAAUGUCUAUGCUCUCAGGAUGCAGAGUAA